GCUCUCACCGAGGUAUAAUAAGAACCGACGCGCUAACCUAAAAUAAAAACCAAUAGUGAACUUGCAGCACAAACAUUUCCGGUUUGGAGGUUGUGUUGUCAAGAUGUCUGUCCAUGAUCAACUUGCUCAAUGUUUGUGUGAUCUAAUCAGGUUGUUGUGGACAUUGCUACUGCCAUGCGUGUUUCUGUGCAUGCUCCUGACCGCCACCCUGGUCGUGCUUGUCAUGGGUGUGCGCGUGUGGCUGCAGGCAAACAGGAACGCACGGCGAGCGCGUGAUGGGCGUCCCACGGUGGCUUUCUUUCACCCGUACUGCAACGCGGGAGGUGGUGGCGAGAGAGUGCUGUGGUGUGCCCUCAGAGCUUUGCAGAAUAGGUACCAAGAUGUCAACUUCAUGGUGUACACGGGCGACCAAGGUGUGACGAACCAGCAGAUUCUUGAUGGCGCCCGGCGGCGCUUCAACAUCCUUUUACCUCGACCCGUCCAGUUUGUCUUCCUCAAACACCGCCUGUUGGUCGAGGCCAGCCUCUUCCCCCACUUCACUUUGAUUGGUCAAAGUGUAGGCUCAAUCUUCCUUGGUUGGGAAGCCCUUACGGAGUUUGUCCCAGAUGUCUACAUCGACUCCAUGGGUUACGCCUUCACUCUGCCUGUGUUUAAAUACCUAGGGGGUUGUCAUGUGGCUAGCUACGUGCACUACCCCACCAUCAGCACAGACAUGCUGUCGGUGGUGCGCGAGAGGAACCCCAGGUUCAACAACGCAGACUACAUCUCCAACAACCUGUUCCUAAGCGCGGUCAAGGUUGUCUACUACUGCCUGCUGGCGCUGCUCUAUGGUCUGGCCGGCUCCUGCAGCGACGUGGUCAUGGUCAACUCCAGCUGGACCCUGAACCACAUCCUGACCCUAUGGCGAGUGACCAACCGCACCUGCCUAGUCUUCCCGCCCUGCGACACCCGCGCCUUCCUCCAGCUCCCGUUGGACGAGGACUCGGACCGGAAGUGCCAUUCCAUCGUUUCCAUUGGUCAGUUUCGACCGGAGAAGGACCAUCGGCUUCAGAUUCGCGCCUUCCGGAAGGUGCUGCAGAAGAAAGAAGCGGGGCUAGUUGCGGGGCCGGGAGGAAGGGAGUCGCUGAGGUUGGUGCUGAUUGGUGGAUGCCGAAACCAAGAGGAUGAGGAUAGGGUGUUGAUGCUGAGGGGUCUGUGCCAGGAGCUGGGCGUGGCGGACAGGGUGGAGUUUAAACUCAAUGUGCCGUUUGAGGAGCUGAAGAGGGAGUUGGGGGAAGCUACGGUGGGACUGCACACCAUGUGGAACGAACACUUCGGGAUAGGGGUGGUGGAGUGCAUGGCGGCUGGGACCGUCGUCCUGGCCCACAAGUCUGGAGGCCCCAGGCUGGACAUUGUGGUGCCCUACGAGGGCCGCCAGACGGGCUUCCUGGCCGAGGAUGAGGACGGCUACGCAGACGCCAUUGAGCGCAUCCUGGCCCUGUCACCCUCGGCCCGCCUGGAGAUCCGACGCAACGCCCGCCUCUCUGUCACCCGCUUCUCCGACCAAGAGUUUGAGGCCUGCUUCCUGGCCGCCAUGGAGCCUCUCAUGGGGACACUGGAGCGAUGAGGGGUAUGGGUGGAAGUGUGUCACGCUCAUGGGUGUGCGCGUGCAUGCAUACUAGCCAUUCUUUUAGUUGACAUAGGAUACAGUUUGUUAAAAUGCACCAGGAAUAUGUUGACUUAAAUGAAAGAGAUGUAUUUAUUGACGUGUCAGUCCAGGCGUCCACUCUCUUUCUAGAGGGUCUUAAAUGUUUAGUAUUUGUUUUGUUUUCAAGACCCAUUACAUUUUUCCAGUGUACAUUGUACUUGAGGCAUAACAUUUUUAGUGCUCGUCUAACCUCCAAGUUCCCCGUCUCGAUUGUCAACGCAUACAGAGAGCCGGCUGGUAGACUAGAUUAGUGCUCGUCUAGCAAGGACUGGACACAACUGUGAUUUUGAUUGCAUUCCAGGUUGUCUUUUUUUCAGUCAAACUACAAAUAUCAGAAGAUUGUUAACAUAAUUAGGUGGGUGCUUACAUUUGUAUUAUUUCACACGUGUUAAUUGGAAAUGGUUUAUAUCCCACCCAGUCAGGGAACAGCCGUUAUUGACGGCAACCCUGGAGCAAUUGCCUUGCUCACCGGCACGUCGACAUUUUUUUCACCUAGUUGGCUCGGGAUUUGAACCAGCGACCUCUGUUACUGGCCCAACGCUCCUAACCGCUAGGCUACAUAUUGUGUUUCUUGGGAUGUGAAACUAGGCAUUGUGAGAUCUGAUCUCUUGUGUAGUGUGACUACAAAAAAAAGACUACCUGGAAUGACAGCAGUGUCUUGACUGUCUUUGAUGAGGACCAAGCUCUGUUCGCUGACAUCGUUGAGCGAGAGGGUGGAGACGAGCCUGUAGAGACGAACUUCACAAUUCUGAUGACUGCUGUAAUAAUUAAGAUUGUUACUUAACAUUUUUAAAUGACUAGAAAUGCCGUUCUGUAUCCUAAGUAGGAAGUUUUUUUUUUUUAUAUUAAAACAUUUAUAAAAUA